AACAAUGGGGACCUUCUUACUCUGUCUCUUGAUAAAGCCUCCGGUUCUUGUUUCCAGUCCAAAAACGAGUAUCUCUUUGGCAAGAUUGAUAUGCAGCUCAAGCUUGUCCCCAGAAACUCUGCUGGCACUGUCACUGCUUAUUAUUUGUCUUCAAAAGGGUCUACAUGGGAUGAUAUUGACUUCGAAUUCUUGGGAAAUUUGAGUGGUGAUCCUUACAUUGUUCAUACUAUUGUGUUCAGCCAAGGCAAGGGCAACAGAGAACAACAAUUCUAUCUCUGGUUUGACCCAACUGCUGAUUUUCACACCUAUUCCAUUCUCUGGAAUCCCCAGCACAUUGUCUUAUCUGUGGAUGGAAUUCCCAUAAGAGAGUUCAAGAACUUAGAGUCAAUAGAUAAAUUUCAUCCCAAAGUAGUGGUGGAAUAA